AUGGUCCACACUAGUUCAGGGCAACCAUCCCCUGAUAGGGAAGUCCAUGCCGCCCCACGUGUGAAACAACGGUUAAACUUUGAUAUUAAUCGGAUUAAUGGAAAUAAUGAUUGGCUGGGCGUUGCCGACCACCGAGGCCUCGAUUGUUGGCAUGGUUAUGACGGCAAAGAAUUCAACCUUGUUCACCCCUGGCGAGAAUUGGGGGUGCAAGGGAUAGCUUCAGCUGUUCGGAGACAACAAGAUGCCCAAUCCCGCGCCUUGUGUAUGGCGAAUUGGAAACCGAGCCAGUCGGAAUUUACCUGCCGCAAUGAAGAACAGUGA